GGGCAGGGUCACAGGGCAAGGUCCCGCGGGCCGCUGGGAGCGGCGACUUCCGUGCUCCCGGCGAGCGGGCGGAGAGCGGGGGCCGCACUGAGGAGUGUGGGCUGGGCCGCAGGUGAGCGCGCGGUCCCGGCGAGCAGGUCCGGUCAGCCCAGGCCCGUAACCUCUGAGUUACGGAAGGAGUGAUCGCUAGGGUCCACCCCUGUCCGGGCCAGACCUGCCAGCCCCCCUCUCUGGCGGGUGCUCUGGUGCCCAGUCUGGGAGCCCGGGUAGCCCUCCGCAGACAGGGCUUAUCGGCACCUCAGUGAGGACGGACGUUGAUGAGGCCACGAAUGAGUGUGUUCUUCCCACUAGAAAGAGUGUAAACUUUGAAGUUGGAGAGGCCUGGGUUCAAAAUCAGCGGCUGUAUCACUUCUGGUGAUUUUGGAUGUCAUGUGGCCUGUGUUUUGGACCGUGGUUCGUACCUAUGCUCCUUAUGUCACAUUCCCUGUUGCCUUCGUGGUCGGGGCUGUGGGCUACCACCUGGAAUGGUUCAUCAGGGGAAAGGACCCCCAGCCCGUGGAGGAGGAAAAGAGCAUCUCAGAGCGCCGGGAGGAUCGCAAGCUGGAUGAGCUUCUAGGCAAGGACCACACGCAGGUGGUGAGCCUUAAGGACAAGCUAGAAUUUGCCCCGAAAGCUGUGCUGAACAGAAACCGCCCAGAGAAGAAUUGAUGGAGGACACAGGGCCCUACGGUCCUACUGUGGGCGGUGACUUGUCCUGCUACCAUGUUGACAGAGCCCCAGAACCCACAUCUAAUUGGCUUUGUUGCUUAUUCUGGCCCCUCCCACACCACACAGCCACACAAAUACUGGCUGCUCCUUGAUGUCCAGGCAGACCCAGCGGCAGCCAAAGGGCCAGUGAAGAGGAAGGCCGCAUCUGUUGUGUGGUGGCCAGAAGCACUCAGGCAUCUGAGUUUACUGGUGCACUGCUGGGAGGAGUGUUAUGAGAUGAACGUUGGCUGUCAAUCUCUGUGGGCAGGCGGUUUGGCCUUGAGUGGGAAUGGCUGGGAUUUGGGUGUUGCCUUUAGGAGGGAUACCUGCAUGUCUAGUUCCAGUCUGCACUGGGAAGAAUUCAAAUAUGCACCUGGCUCCCUUCACUGUUUUGCCCUAUCUUUUGUGCUCAUUCCUACUGAAAUCUAUCUUGUCAGCUCAGGAAUGGGAUUCCCCCGGGAAGGAAAGCAUUUUUCUGUUCUGGGAAGCCCAGACUGUUCACUUUGGGGCAGGGACGAACAUGUGCCUCGUGAAUUUGCUUGAAAACAGUCCCCAUCAGCUACCCCCAUCACUGUAGAGUGCAAAACUUGAUUAAAGUGGUAUCUGAGAACCAUAA